AUGCACUUCGCCUUCCCCUCGCUCGCGCUCGCUGCCGUGGUCUUCCUCGCAGGACACCCGGGCGGCGCGGCUCCGGUCCUUGACGCUGCGCCCGCGGUGCAGAGCAGCGGCGCUGGUGGUGGCGUGGGCCACGCUGUCUGGGCUGGUGGCGCAGCUCCGGCCGUCUCGUUCACUGGUGUCGACGCAGAUAUCGCCGUGGCCGUUGGCGUUGAAGCGGAUGGUGACAAGGGCGUGGAUACCGCCGCGUCUAUCAAGAACAUCGCAGACACAGUCGCAGACACCAUAGCCGCCAACGACAACGACACCAAGACCGGCCACACCACCACCGUCGCCGUCGCCGUCGCUGGUCCCCCGUCCCCACCCACUCUGAACACCACCGACCUCUCCAACAAGGACUCGACUAACGUCUCCAACGCCACCACCUCCGCAGUCCCAAACUGCGGCGUCUACAUCAUCCACGGCGGCUUCUCCUUCGACCUGAACGCGAACCCGCAGUGCGCGAGCGCCGAGCAGUUCGAGCGGAUUAUGGAGGUGCGGAAUGAUGCGUGCGGGAUCUGUAUGCUUUUUGAGUGGGAGAACUGCGUCGGUCGCAUGACGUGGUCGGGCAAGACGGAGAAGGGGAAGACGGUGGCGGUGCCGGAUAGUCGCAGUUGGUUCUGUAUUGCGUAG